CAAGAAGGAGCCGGCGAGCAAGUGGAUAACUCCACUCAACCAGAUAAACUCCAAGGUUUAGACAAAUAUGCUCUAUUAAGUGAUUCUGUUCAACAGCAUGGAUAUGAAAAACUUCAAGCGCCUGACGGAUAUGCUCUAUUAGAUGAACUGAACCAAUAUGAACAACUUCCGGCUUCGGACGAACACGCUCUAUUGAAUGAAUCCGGUCGUGGGCCGGUUGAAUACAGUCGUUCGCUGGAAUAUGGCCAUGACAUAUCGGAUGAAUCCUUUCGAUUCAACGGAUACGAUCAAUUGAUUGAAUACAGUCAAAGAGACGAACUAUUUGCGUCAACCGCCUAUAUUGAAAUUGGUGCAGAUUCGCUUGGAGAUUUGCUGUUUUACCCGAUCGACGGCAACCUCGUCUACUCGUUUAUUUGA